AUGGGUAUCGGUGAGUUAUGUCAGUACACCAUUUUGCUGUCUCUAAAUGCUUUUUCUCUUCUCCAGGGUGUUGCUAUGCUUGCCAUGAAUAACAUUCUGUCAAACUGGGUUCCAGUAGCAGAGACAAGUAGAUCAUUAGCAUUGGUGUACAAUGGGAUGUACCUUGGAUCAGUCACUGGCCUGGCCUUUUCACCGUUUUUAAUCCACCAAUUUGGUUGGCCAUCAGUCUUCUACUCCUUUGGUUCUCUAGGAACAGUUUGGGUUUUUGUGUGGCUAAGUAAGGCAUGUAGUUCUCCUCUUAAGGAUCUUGAGCUGUUGCUUGAAGAGAAGAAGUUGAUCUUUUCCAAUAGCAUUUCCAAGGAACCUGUUAAAACUAUACCUUGGGGACUAAUUUUGUCAAAACCACCUGGAUGGGCCCUAAUAGUGUCUCACUUCUGUCACAAUUGGGGAACAUUUGUUCUUCUAAAUUGGGCAAGAUACAGUAAAGAUGCUUACAUGGGACUUCUUUAA